UUUUACUCGCAAAACAUCCGCACACGCUCAGAGGGAGGGGAUACCCAUCUGCAUGUAGCAUCUCUGCAGAGGCUAUUUUUGCCAGAUAAUCAGGUCGCAUUUGUGUCUGGUUGCGGGAGGUCGAGUGAUAGCCUGAGUCACGACUAGAAAAAAGAUCCUACUCCAGGAGUUUCACUGCAGCUUCAGCACCAGUAUGGAGGCCCUCUACUCCCGCAGCGCCUGCCCCUCCAUGUACGGCUCGGACAACUCCAGCGUCAUCCUGCAGCACUACAACUACACGGGCCGGCUGCAGCACCGGCAGCCACGGCAGGGCGGGAUCAGCGUGACCACGGCCAGCUUCCUGUUCAUCAGCAUCUGCAUUAUCCUGGAGAACCUGGUGGUGCUGAUGGCUGUGCUCUUCCGCAUCCGGCUGCGCAGCCGCUGGGUCUACAUCUGCAUCGCCAACAUCACCCUCAGUGACCUGCUGGCUGGCGUGGCCUACGUGGUCAACCUGUGCAUGUCGGGCAGCCGCACCUUUGAGCUGAGCCCGGCGCUCUGGUUGUUUCGCGAGGGGCUGCUAUUCGUGGCGCUGGCCGCAUCCAUCUUCAGCCUGCUGCUGAUCGCCGUGGAGCGCUACACGACCAUGCUGAAGCCCUUGCACCAGAAGUCGGGCAAGAAGACGUGCCGCAUCUACACCACGGUGUUGCUGUGCUGGGUGCUGGCGUGUGCCCUCGGCUUUCUACCCCUGCUGGGGUGGAACUGCAUGUGCAACCUGGAGCGCUGCUCCACCCUCCUGCCCCUCUACUCUAAGAGCUACAUCCUCUUCGCCCUCAUCCUCUUCUUCUUCAUCCUGCUGGCCAUCGGUGUGCUCUACAGCGCCAUCUUCCUGCACGUGAGGAAGAGCACGCAGUCGAUCUCUCAGCGAGGCCGCGGACGCUAUAUGCGACUGCUGAAGACGGUCAUCACCAUCGUGGGCGUCUUCAGCCUGUGCUGGGGCCCGCUCUUCUUCCUUCUGCUGGUGGACUUCUUCUGCUCGUCGCGCGACUGCCGCCUCCUGUUUGGCUCCGACUGGGUCAUCGCCAUGGCCGUGCUCAACUCCGCCCUGAACCCCAUCAUCUACUCGCUGGGCAGCAUGGAGCUGCGCAAGGCCAUCGCCAGCAUCCUGUGCUGCUGCUGCCUGUGGACGGGCCUGAUCGACCCCAAGACCUUCAUGUCCAAGGAGACGGGCAGCACGUCCGGCAGCCGGCAUGACAGCCUGCGGAACAGCUUCAGCAAGGUGAGAAGCAUGAGCACCAGCCCCACGCCCAAACCCAGAAAGAUGCGUCUGAGCACAACCACCUCUUGCCUGUCUGUGUCAAGUGGUUAGACCGCAGUGCACAGAAACACAGUGGAGUAAACCACAGGAUACACCUUUGUGGCAGCUCCACCCAAGCGCACUGCAAAUUCAGCACUUCUCCGGAACUGAAGGGUUGCAAAGCCUUUGCUUUUUCCACCUGACUGUCUGUUAUUCAUAAAAUGAAAGAAACCAGCUCACCACAAAAAAAAUGACAAAAACUAACUGUUAGAGCAGUUGAGAGCCGGUGUUUGGCUAAGAUGUUUAUUGCACUGUACUAUUGCACUUGCAGCAUCUGAUUUAUUGUCAGCCUGUGCUGAACAUGCUUUCAUUAUGCUGCAAUGUUCGUUUAGAAUUUAGUCCUAUUUCAACAUACUUUCAUGUAAGCAGGGAUAUGUAUGUACUGUAUACACAUACAUAACAUAUAAAAAAAGAUUUUAACUGGCAAAAUUUUAUUUUUUUCUAUAGUUUUUGUAUAUCACUUAAGUAUUAAAUGUGAUUAGAAUGCAGAACUGUGAACUGCAUUUACAACUUGCACAUCAAUGUAUUUUGUAACAAAACAGUCAAAGAGAGUUACUGUUUUUAAUGGUUCUGUAUUUUUGUAUAAUAAAGUUUU